AUCGCCCCGUCGGUUCUUGUUCCAGACAUUACAAGCUGGAGGCGGAGAUCGCCUCGAUGACGUGGAGAGUUUGCGCCUGUGAUAUUAAAUUCCCCAACAAGUCCUACAACAAGAUGGGCGGCGGCGGCAUGACACGCCGUGGCAGCCAAGUGACGCUGUAUUCAGAGGACGGCGUAAGCCUGUUCGAAGGAAACAGACAAGUUUUUGUGCCGACCGCGAUGUACAAGGGUUCUAAAGUAGCUGUUAAGGCAAUAGCUGAUAAGGUGGAGCUUAACCGCACCCUCCUCCUCGAACUGAAACGGUUAAAAGACAUCCACCACGACCACUUGGCGCGCUUCUACGGCGCCUGCCUGGACCCGCCCAUGCCCUGCGUGCUCGUCGAGUACUGCCCCAAGGGCUCGCUCCAGGACAUCCUGGAGAACGACCAGUUCAAGCUGGACUCCAUGUUCCGCUACAGCCUGAUGCACGACAUCAUCAAGGGCAUGUGCUACCUGCACAGCAGCGAGGUGCGGUCGCACGGCGACCUCAAGUCGUCCAACUGCGUCGUGGACAGCCGCUUCGUGCUCAAGAUCACCGACUUCGGCAUCCACCGGCUGCGCGAGGUGUGCCGCGAGGAGGAGGACUCGCACGCCUACUGGAGACGGAAGCUGUGGACCGCGCCGGAGCUGCUCCGGAUGGGCCAGGAGGCGCCGCUGGACGGCACCCAGAAGGGCGACGUGUUCUCGUUCGCCAUCAUCGUGCACGAGAUCGUGACCCGGGAGGGCCCCUGGUCUGGCAUCUCGGACCCGGACAUGUCGCCGUACGGUAAGUCGCUAUAGCGCGCCGGGGUUUAUUACU